AUGGCCGACUCAAAAGCAGCUAUAACCAAAGCCAAACUCGCCGACGGUACCACUGUAUCAGUCAACGACCAUGUCUAUCUCACCCCAGAGCAUUUGGGAGAGUCCUACUACAUUGGGCGUAUCAUGGAGUUCUGUUCCAGUCCCAAGCGACGAGGUUUACAAGCGCGCAUCGCAUGGUUCAACCGACCCAAGGAUGUCAUUAGCCGCAAGUCGUACGAUCCCCGACUCCUUGUCGCCACCAUGCAUUCCGAUGUCAAUCCCAUCACGUCUAUUCGCGGCAAGUGCACUGUGACAUACAAGAACUAUAUUCCAAGCAACCAGCUUGAUGUAUAUAAGCGACAAGAUGAUCAUUUCUAUUAUCAUCAAUUGUAUGAUCGGUACAUGCAGCGAGUCUACGACAUAAUUCCCUCACGACUUGUACAAAAUAUCCCCAUCAACAUCCAGCAAGCUCUUUGUGAACGAUACGAGUUUGUCGUUGUGGAGCAAGGCAAGGUAGCUGAUUUGACAGUGGCUCGACGUACGUGUUGUGUUUGCCACAGCUGGUGUGCUAGUGUGAGCUCUGUCAAAUGUGCCGCUUGUCAAAAGAACUUUCAUAUGUCAUGCAUCAAUCCUCCUCUGCUACGUAAGCCUCCCAAAGGUUUCGCUUGGCAAUGCACUUUUUGUACUCGACUCGAACACCAAGACGAGGAAGCAUCAUCCACCAAUAGCAAUACAAGCUCAAGUGUUUUGGAAGAGAAACCAAAAAAAUCAUCGUCAUCUGAAAACAAGCGCUUCACAAGGACAACUCGCUCUCAAAGUCAACAAAAAUCCAAUCCAUCCAUUGUCGUCACUCCCACUACCAAUCGACAACAACGACGAUCACGUACAACUACCAAUGCAGAAUCCGAAGGUUCUUAUCAAGGCCAACAAAAGCAUUAUCGUCUGACAAACAUGUGGCCUUUUCGCUAUUUCGGUGUCAAUACUGAUAUCAAUGAUGUGCUUGAUGUUGAUGAUCGCAUUUAUCCACGUGCCCGGAGCAGACUUGGUGCUCGAUAUCAAGCCGAUACGCUUCCUGUUGUCGAAUCUACCAACACUGCCAAGGACAAUGGUUCAUCCUCUCCCGUUCCUUCAUUCCGUGCUCAAGCGUUACAGCGAUACAAAGCAAAGCGGGCAGAAAAACGGAGUCGCAAACGUCCUACACGGCGCAAUGAUAUGGAAUCUUCAGAACCACCCGAGCAAGAUGAAGAUGAAGAGUAUUUUGAGCGUGGGACCGAUGCGACCGUGACAAAGUUAUUUGUUCCUGACAAGAGCAUGGAUGAAGCUACAUUAGGUCAAUACAUGGAGAAGGCCAAGACACUGCCGACAUUGCCCUUACCAGCCUAUUCUUCUGAUUAUCAAGAUCGUGCCUUGUUGGAGCUUCAAAACGCCAAUCAUGAUCCCGAGCGCGCGCUCGAAUCUUUAUCUAAGCUUACGACCGAAGACUUUGGGUAUAUCGUUGAUUGGACCAAAGACGAGGUUAAGAGCUUUGAGGAAGGUGUUACGUUACAUGGUCAUGAUCUUUAUCAAGUGGGGCGUAUGGUGCCAAGCAAACGACAUGCGGAUGUGGUUCGUUUCUUUUUCAAAUGGAAGAAAACGGAUCGAUAUGAGCCUGUUUAUUCGCAAUGGACCAAAGUUUACAAGCCCGCCAAGAGGUUCAAGAAGUGUGAUGUUGGCAAAUCCAUAUCGCCUGGUGGUAGUGGUGGUGAAACAACUUCUCAGCAGGAUAACAAGAGCCACUACAACAAUCAUGAUUCAGAAAGUGAUGCUGAAAGUGGUGUUGAAGAGCCUGAUCCUACUGUGAUACGCGUAUCCCCUGAAGCCAUGAAGGACUUUAGCUGUGCAAAUUGUGGUACAACCGAAUCCCGUAUAUGGAGACGCAUGCCCACGGACAUUGACCUCAAGCGCAAAGUCUUUCAUCAAGUCUUAUGCAAUGAUUGUGGAGAAAUCUGGUUGAAAUACAGCAUCAUGCCCAAGACAACAAAUGAAGGAGGACAACGCGGUCGAUUCCGAUCACCCAAAGCUGGAGGAGGCAUGAAGAGAAAACGAUUAUUGGAUGAUGCCACAUCAAAAUCUCGAAAAGUGGGUGAUAAGGAUACUCGUAAUAUGGUGUUGACAUUCACGCCUUCUCCUUGUGCUGUUUGCAAGCAAAUGGAUCCGGAUGGCAGGCUAUUGACAUGUUACGGCUGCGGCUUAUCAGUACAUGAUGAUUGUUAUGGUGCAAAUCUCUCUGAAAAGAAGGGUUGGCAUUGCGAUGUGUGUGUCAACAAGAACAAUCCUACCGCUUCUUAUAAAUACCAAUGCAUCCUAUGUAACGACUCAACGACCGAUACUACACAGCCGCUCAAGCAAACAGCAAUGUACAAUUGGGUGCAUGUAUUAUGUGCGUUAUUCGUUCCUGAGACCAAGUUUGUUCAUAUCAAUACGAUGCAGCCUGUGGAAUACGUGGGUGCUAUUAAGCCAUCUCGUUGGGAACAGACCUGUCAUCUAUGUGGGAAGCGAGGUGGUGUAUGUGUUGGCUGCCACACAUGCAAGAAGCCGAUGCAUACUGAAUGUGCCAUAAGGAACCAUUGUACUAUUGGAUUUGAGAUUAUCAAGCCAUCCGCAGAAAACAUGGAAGCAGUGGUUUCAGCUGGGCGCUUUAAUCCCGAAUCACCAGCCGGUGUAUUGGCCCCACGGAUAUGGUGUUCAGAGCAUAGCAAUGACGUGCCAAACGACACAUUUAUCAAUCUCACUAGCCGAACAUGCGAUGAAGAAAAUGAGUCGGCUAUUCGCCUCUAUGCCAGCCUUUGCAAGCAAGUUGAAUCAGGGUCAACACCAGCCACACGACGCUACAAGGCCGUGGUCACUGCUUGUAGCAAGACGGCGGAUUGGCGAUCCACCCCUGAAUUAUCAACAUCAGCAUCAUCCUUAUCGCCUACGAUUACUGCUACUACCGAACCAUCCUUUUCAUCUCCUAAUGAUGUCGCACGGCAACCCAUACCCGCAUUUGAUGCCGUCCAUCCAGCAUGUAGUCAAUGUCCUAUCACCUACUCCCCUUAUUGGUGGAAAGCCAAUGUCGCUUCCGAUGCCCUACUUUGUCAUCGUUGCUAUUGGAGCCAUCGUCCGAAUUCUGUAUCGUAA